GGCACGGGAGGCGGUUGCUGCUGCUGGGCAGAGGAGCCGUGUAGGAGCUGCGGCUGCACUCGGACGCCACAUUCCCUCCUGACGGGACUGGCGGUGAGGAUGAGCGAGAGCUGAGCCCGCUGUCGCCGCCCGAUCUGGGAAGUGUCUGGUCCUCCUCCUCCUCCUCGCCUGUUGUGGGUGAACCUGCGCUACAGGCUCCUCACGGACACGGGAGGGGGCUGGUUUGUUUGUGUGUCUGUUUAAGGAAAAGAGAGAGAGAGAGAGACCUUCCAUCCAUUGAAGCACAGUUCACUAUGGUCGUACUCGCACUCAGCACUGGAAGCCGGUUGGAUUUCGUAUCUCAAUCCAGGGUGUUAUUCUUGCAAACCUGCCUUUGGAUUUUAUGUGCUACAGUGUGCAAAGCGGAGCAGUAUUUCAAUGUGGAGGUAUGGUUACAAAAGUAUGGCUACCUUCCACCAACUGACCCCAGAAUGUCGGUGUUGCGCUCUGCAGAAACCAUGCAAUCAGCUAUAGCUGCCAUGCAGCAGUUCUAUGGCAUUAAUAUGACAGGAAAAGUGGACAGGAACACGAUUGACUGGAUGAAGAAGCCUCGAUGUGGUGUGCCUGACCAAACAAGAGGCAACUCUAAAUUUAACAUCCGUCGGAAACGAUAUGCAUUAACGGGACAGAAGUGGCAACACAAACAUAUCACUUACAGCAUUAAGAACGUCACUCCAAAAGUAGGUGAUGCUGAAACCCGUAAAGCCAUUCGCCGUGCCUUUGAUGUGUGGCAGAAUGUAACUCCUCUAACAUUUGAAGAAGUUCCGUAUAUUGAAUUAGAAAAUGGCAAGAGAGACGUGGAUAUUACAAUCAUUUUUGCAUCAGGUUUUCAUGGAGACAGUUCUCCCUUUGAUGGGGAGGGAGGAUUUUUGGCCCAUGCAUAUUUCCCUGGGCCAGGAAUUGGGGGAGACACUCAUUUUGACUCAGAUGAGCCAUGGACUUUGGGAAAUCCUAAUCAUGAUGGAAAUGAUCUGUUUCUAGUUGCUGUGCAUGAACUGGGACAUGCUCUGGGCUUGGAGCACUCUAAUGAUCCCACAGCAAUUAUGGCUCCUUUUUAUCAGUAUAUGGAAACUGACAACUUCAAACUACCUAAUGAUGAUUUACAGGGCAUCCAGAAGAUAUAUGGUCCACCUGACAGGAUCCCACCACCAACAAGACCUCUGCCAACAGUGCCACCUCACCGUUCGAUCCCUCCAGUAGACCCACGGAAAAAUGACAGACAACCUAAGCCUCCCCGGCCACCCACUGGUGACAAGCCUUCCUAUCCUGGGGCCAAACCUAACAUCUGUGAUGGGAACUUCAACACUUUGGCUAUUCUUCGCCGGGAAAUGUUUGUUUUCAAGGAUCAGUGGUUUUGGCGCGUCAGAAACAACAGGGUGAUGGAUGGAUACCCCAUGCAGAUUACCUACUUCUGGAGAGGGCUGCCUCCCAGCAUUGAUGCAGUUUAUGAAAACAGCGAGGGCAAUUUUGUCUUCUUUAAAGGUAACAAGUUCUGGGUUUUCAAGGACACUACUCUCCAGCCAGGGUAUCCUCAUGAUUUGAUAACACUUGGAAGCGGAAUUCCUUCCCAUGGUAUUGAUUCUGCAAUUUGGUGGGAAGACGUUGGGAAAACCUACUUCUUCAAAGGAGAUAGGUACUGGAGGUACAGUGAAGAAAUGAGAUCCAUGGACCCUGGCUAUCCCAAACCAAUCACAAUUUGGAAAGGUAUCCCAGAAUCACCUCAGGGAGCCUUUGUCCACAAAGAGAAUGGCUUCACAUAUUUCUACAAAGGAAAAGAGUACUGGAAAUUCAACAACCAGAUGCUCAGAGUGGAACCUGGCUAUCCCAGAUCCAUCCUCAAGGAUUUUAUGGGUUGUGAUGGACCAACAGAUAGAGACAAAGACCGACACAGCCCUCAAGAUGAUGUUGACAUUGUUAUCAAAUUGGACAACACAGCCAGCACUGUGAAAGCCAUAGCUAUUGUCAUUCCCUGCAUCCUGGCCUUGUGCCUCCUUGUCUUGGUUUACACUGUGUUCCAGUUCAAAAGGAAAGGAACACCCCGUCACAUACUGUACUGCAAACGCUCUAUGCAAGAGUGGGUGUGAUGUAGGGUUUUGGUUUUUUUUUUUCUUUCCCUCCCAGGAGUUUGUGGUAACUUGAGAUUCAACACAAGAGCUGUUCUGCAGUCUCCUAGCUAGGAGCGGGCGUCUGUCAGUCUGAAACAAAGCUGAUCCUUAAAACCCAGGAGGUUGCCUGUCCCGCGCAUGAGUGGUGAUUCGCUCAGCUGGGAAGCUUCCAUGAUACACAGUAUCUGCUGUUUCUUCAGUCCUUUGUCUUUCUUUGUCAUUCAAUUUAGGCCUUUCCUCUGCACACUAAACGCCAGAUAAACUAUCAGGAUUAAGUAAGGAAGAGGAAAAAACAAAAUCUCCAAUGUUUCUACAUUUUUCCCUUAAGGCCUGUUCCCCUUUGAAAAAUUUUCUGCUGAAAGUCAAUUUUUUUAGAAAAAAAACCCACAACAACUCACAGUGGAACUUUCAGGAAAGUGAGAAGACCCAAAACAGCUUUGUCUCCAAAGAGGAUUGCUUUCUGUCUGCAAUGGAUAAAGUCCUAUACUCCUACUUCCAGUCUUGCCAGGUGGGAGACCCGGAUAACAUGCAGGACUUCAGACUGUUCGGACAGCCAUUUUCCAACAAACAAGGGGCCAAAAUAUCUGCAAUAUAGUAACAGCCUUAAUAAUACAUUCAUUUUGUGUUUUAUACAGCUGCUCUGGGCUACGUCCUCAAUGUUUUAAACUCAUUUAUAUUCAUCACUAUAUUCAAGUGGAAUCUUUUUAUUGGCUUGUUUGAUUUUUGGGUUGGUUUUCUUGCAUAAUCUUUCCCAAGCUAUACCAAGCCAACUGCCCCAGGCCUUUCACAGGUCUGUCAGGAGUACUCAUUCCAAUGGAUGGUGAAAAAGCAGUGUGUCUCUGAAGUGGAUUUCAGUAAACUAAAGUAACAGUGAUGCUAUAGAGAAACUUUACACUGGUAGUAAUAGGUUUGGUGUAACCCUUUGAGAACUAUUGCAUCAGUUUCAGAGUCUGUUGGAUGUUAAUCUUGAUUGCCAUUAAAUUACAAGAUUGUGUUUGGGAAAUAGAAAUUUUAAAAGGAAAAAACAGUGGUCUUUUUUUUUUUUUUUUUAAUCUGUUUUUUUUUUUCUCCUUUAACAGAUUUCCAGUGACUGCAAGUGAGUGUUUAUUUACUUGCAUUAUUGAUAGAAAAGCAUUUGUAACAUAAAGAGAAAGUUAUAUUUAUCAGCUACUUUCUGAUUAAAGGAACCAAACGAAGGAUUUUUCUGAACUGCUUACAGUUUCAUAGCCUAACCUUUUAUCCUAAGCAUCUUGAAUUUCUCUUUUAAACUAUGUUGCAUGAUAAUUCAGUUUACCUCUGCAGUGAUAGAGUUACAGUUUCAAAGGAAAACUAAAAUGAUGACUCUGAUAUUGCAUGAGUACCUUCUGGUGUUCCCCUGCAUGUUCUCUAUAGUUCUCAAAGGGUUAGUCAAAUCUCUGGCCUUUAGCCAAACACGAUAUCAUUAAUAGAGCCAAGGGACCACCAAAGCAUUUUGUCAUUUUGUGUAAUUUGUGCUAACAGCAGUAUUGUCAUUUUCAUGUGACCUGCAGAGCAGGUUUGUAUCAAUAUUUUUUUCCUAGAGAAAAGUCAGCAACUGACAGACCUCUUUAUUGAUUUUUAGGAGCUGCUUCUUGCAGUGAUAGGCUUUACAGUCACUGGGCUGUGAACUUAUUAAAGAUGGUCAGAAUGAUGCACCCUAAAAGUCAGACAUCUGGUUUUUUAUGAAAGCCAGAAUUUGAGGGGAGUAGCUUUUGCAACAAUGAACAGCUUGCCUUGAACUUGAUUAUUGACCUGUUGACUGUCAUUACCAAGUUAAACAUUGUCUUCUGUGAACAGCUUCACUGUCUGAAUUUCCUUAAAGUGUACUGUCCCAUGUCUUUGCUCUUUGACCUUUAACUUGCAAACUGGCACAAAUGGAAUGGAAUCUGGUGUUAAUGAACUAAGAUGGUUUAAUUUCUUAAAAGGCUUGAUGUACGUUAUCCAAAAUUAGAGAAUAAAUGCAGAAAUGUUUUCUUAGGAAAGAAAAGACAGAAACUAAAAUAUUUAUAAUAGAUCUGUAGAAGGGUAUUUUGCUAUGUAUACGUGCACACUCUAAAAAUGAAAUACAGUAUAAGUGAUUUUUUAAUUUAACUUGAAUACAAUUUUCCAUAUAAAAUUAUCAUUUCUACAGAUAGCUAGCUAUUAAUGAAAAGGUUAUAGGAAAGUAUUAAAAUACUUGAAAUGGCCAGUAUUGGCUUUUACAUAAAAUGAGACUUUUGUACUACAUUCAGCCAAUUUCUUACUGGUUUCUUAAUUCACAUAACUGGAUCAUUUUUUAGAGAGUGUAGGUAUAUAUACAUAUAUAUUAUGGUUAUUAUUAUUUUGGUAAUGGAUAGCUUGACUGCCUUGAAUUUAUAUUUAUAUUGAGCAUAGCAUGAAAAGUAGUAUGCCUUUUUGUUCAAUUACAUGAUUUUAUAUUGAUUUGAGAACUUAUUUUAUGAACAUGUGGCAUGCUAUGAAGCAUUGCAAAUUGUUAUUUCUUAGAGCAUAAACAGAUAUACAUAUGUAAUGGCUAACAAAAAUGAAGAUUAGAAAAAAAAGAUAUAGUUUUACAGCAAAUAUGCAAUGCAGAUGGCAUUUUGGAGAUGUUUUGUAGAGAAACUGCAUACUGUAGGUUAGAACUGCACCAGUAUCAACCCAUAGCAUUAUUUAGUAAAUCCAGUUCAGUUGUUGGUGAAAAUAUAUAUUAAUUCACACUGAAAUAACAUAGGAUAUUUACUGCACAUCAGCUCAUUUGGUCAAUUUGGGAUUCUGUGCCCGUUUGUUCAUUUUAUAUGACUGCAUAUGUGUGCAUGCAUUUGUGUAUUUAUAAAUGCAUGCACACACACACGUACGUGCAUAUAUUAACCCAUUUUUUAUUGUCAGCAAACUGCUAUACUUAUUUUCUGUUACAGACAGAACAAAUUGAUUCCUUACCUGUUCCAAUUUAGUCCCUUGGAUAGUUGGUGGAAAAAUACAAACACUACUACUUACUCCUCAUUCGGUUUUCCUUUAAACAGGGGAACUGAUUUUAUAUUAUCUUUAAGUAGAGCAGCAUCACAUCUGUUUUUUUAUUCACUAGAAACUUUCACUUAACCUUUGAAAUAUCUUUCAUGUCAAAUUUAACUUUUUGUGCAACUAUUUCCCUGAGAGUAAAGAAGUGCUGAGCAUGUUGACUGUUGUUUCUUGAUAAGGUAACCAAAAAUGUUUGCACUUGAAGAACUUAAUUUUAAUUAUGCAGGAAGGUAAGUGUGAUGAAUCUAGUGCUUGGUAUAUGGUACAUCAUAGAUACAUGAAUACAUAAAUUGAUUGGUUUGUUUUGCUCUAAAAUGAAUAAAUAUUAUAUACAGAGAAAGGCAGAAGUAAUAUUAUAUUGGUAUAUUCAUGUCAUACAGAGCAAGACUGUGUCAGCAAUUCUCUUGUAUACUCCUAUUUUUAGUCAUAAAGGUUUGCUGUAAGUAAAACAUGUAGGAGCAAUUAUGUUCAGUGUAAUUUCCAAAAUACUUACUGGCUGACUUUAUGUUAUAGAAGUUCAGAGUAAAUUAGUGAUGUUACCUGAUUUAGUUUUGAACUCAAGUAAAAGUUCUAAGACAAUGUUAUUUUUUAAACAGUUGUUUUUCUACCAAGGCCUAUAAUUAUGUGCACUAACAAAGUGAAAAUACCUUGAGUUCUGCAAUCUGGGUUCCUGCUCAUGUGCCAUUACCUUUUUCAUAAACUUUUUAAUAAAAUUUUCCAUAUUAUUACUGUAACAGUCUGUACUGUGGAACAAUUCAAAAGUGAGUAUGCAUUGUGUUAAUCCAUUACAGUCUAUUGAGCUGGCUAUACAGGGUUGUGUAUCUUCAGAGUUCUAUGGUCUGUGUGAUGAAGGAGGCCAGAGUAGAUGAUAGCAGCAUUUCCUCUGGCCUUUUAAUGUAUAAAACUAUGAAAAGGUUAUUGACUGUACACACAAAUUAAUUUUUAUCAGGAAAUAUAUUUUAAAAACUGAGUGUGUAUUUACUGGGUAGGCUGAGAUGGAGAGAGACUCAAAUGGCUCCAGAGGAGCCAUUUCAAGUCUCCUGAAUAAAUGUAACACAAAUUUUAAAUCUUUGUAUGAACUUUUAUUCUUUUUCUGUUUUCAAAUAUGGGCAAAGGGAGGGAAUAAUUGAAAAAAUAGGUACAAGCUGACUUUAUGAAUGAAAGUUACAGAAAGUAAUAUACUCAAACAUGAGGGGUAGACUUAUGCUUUCCUUUGGCAGUGUACCUCACUGCUCAAGACUCCUUUGCUCAUAAGUGCUGUUGAUUAAAAAUAGUAUAUAAGACUUAAUUUUUAAUUUUCAGCUUUUUUUCUGUUUUAUUUCACAAUCCCAUCGUCAGUUAAAUUUAGUUUUUGUCACCAGAUUAUAUAAUUGAAUUCUAGCUAAUUGGUUAGAAAAGUGUGUAGGGUGCGUAGCAGUGGAAGCACUAAAUUUCCUAUUUUUGUUUGUUUGUUUGUUUGUUUUUCAUUUGAGCCAUUGCUAGUGCAACACUUAAAAAAGACACAGAGCAAUUUGAAUGGUGAAUGUUCCAGUCACUGCAUUUUCAAGAAAGUAGAAAUGCAAGAUAUCAUACCAUUGGCAGCCUAAACUGGAGGUAGCACAAGGAGAUGAAUAACAAUAUGAUUGCAGGGGUCCUGGCUCACAUACCUUCUCAGAAUGAAGCCAGGGUUUUAUUACCAGUUGCAGAGGUGGAGGAAGCCAUGUGCUAUAGCAGUAAGAUCUUUGAUGCAGCCUUUACAGAACAGUAGCUCCUUGUCGCCAUUUGUUGUUGCCAGGACUGUCUUUGGAAAGCUCUGUUUCCAGAAGUGUAAAUAAAUGACUGCAGCCUUAUGAGCCAGAAGAAAAAUCAUUAUUAUCACUGAAAGGAACAGAAGUCACUGUCCAGCUCAGUGUUCAGCUAUGUUAUAAAUAAAUAAUAUUGUGUGUGAGUCAAGGAGCAGAUAGCCUGUUACUGAAUACAAUGCUAUAGCACAGAGAAACCAGCGCUGUAACAUUAAGCAUACUUCCUUAGCUCACAUACCACAGACUGCAGAUAGUGUGGUUCAAAUAAGACAAGUGUUUAAACAUAUGUCAGUUACACAACCAGGUGUAAAUGAACCAUAUAACAUAUAAAAUCAAUGUUUCUGACAUUUCUGACGUGUGAAUUAUUGAAUUGUCUGCCAGUGAUGUCAUGAAAAAAAUGAUGUGUGAGUCCAAUCUAUCUAAUCCACUCUUGUGACUUGUAAUCAAAGAUGUUAGAAACUGGUACAGAACAAUAUUGUCAUCAGUGCCAUGAAUGCUGAAAGGGUCUGAUAGCAGACCACCCCUUGGUGUGGUCUGACUCCAUCUGACAUUUGAUCUAAGGUAGACUCUAGUGUUAGACAGCAUAGGUCCUGUAUGAUAUGACAUUUUAUAUAUGUAUAUAGCUAGGAAAACACAAUGACAAUCAUGAGUUCAUUUUUGGAAGGAUCAUCAGUAUGUGACCACAGCAAGCAUUUGUUCUCAAAAUUACAAAGUACAUAGAUAGAGUUGAACAUAUAGCAGGUUUUGUUACUCAGUAUUCAUAAGCUUUAGCAUAUCAUCUAUAAAUUAUAUUCAGUUUGUAAUUGUAGCUGCCUGUUAUGUUGUUGAGAUAUGACAUUCUGGAGGAUGUGAGAGUAUGGUGGCUCUGUGGAUGGAGUUUUAAGUAUUACUUUGGUUUGCUCACAGUGUAGUUGAAAUAAAUUUUAAAGACAGAUAAGAUAUAAAUGAAGAAAUGUUGAUUCAAACUAGAAUACUAAAGAGAAUUUUCUGCACUUGGAUGUGCAUGCAGCAUGGUGCUGCUUGCUGUUACAUAAACUACAUAAACACUAACCACUACUUGUGCAGCCAUUCAUUAUGGCACAAAGCUUUCCAGUCACACAGCAUGGUUUCCUCUGCUUCUGUAAAAUCACAUUGUCCACAGCUGAUAGUUAUAAUAGCCACUACAUAAAGCAAAGUUUUCCAUUUAGCUAACAGCCAUCUCUACCCUAUGAAAUUGCAUCACAUCCUUUUUACAGCUACACACUUAAUCUUCUUGGCAAGCUCUCAGCAUAUCUUAAUUCAUAGUCUUCCAUGCCCCAGAAGAAAAAAAAAUUUUUUUGCUUUUGCAAUAAAAAUAUAUACUGAGCAUUCUCUUCAUUUUGCCAUCUGGCACUGACACAUUAAAUAAUCACUUUUACUUUGUGCCAUGCACAUGUUCUGGAUCAUCCAUUUACCCAUCCAUCAUUCUGGGAACUGGGUUUUGGGGAAGUGGGAUUAACAACAGAAGGCUGGUAUAAAAUAGCUUCCUGCAGUAACUGCUCAGACCUUAACAAUAUGACAGCAGAGUUUGAAGAGUUUUUAGAGAAGUAUUAUAUUACUUAUGCAGUGGUAAUGGCACACCAUAACUAUGCCAAUCAGUGCCUGUUGAGACAGGUUCACCCCUUGCAGAGACUAGUGUGUUAAAUCAGAAAAUGAUGUUUCUAAAUUAUAUUUCCAUUCUCGCAUGCUGGGAUAGUUUUAAACUCAGACUCCGUAUGUUUUUAUGACUUAUAUGGCUGUAAAUAAAAUUAUAAGUUUUGUGGAAGCUGACAGUGCUUAGGGUCAGCAUGCAGUAAGUACUGACUCAUGUAUAAGGUGCAAAAAAUCUUUGAUUCCCUUACUAUAAUUGCACAGCCUCAAAAAUAGAAAAAAGGAGGUUGGUCAGUAGUGUAAAAUGGUGGUUUUAAACAUUCUUUAUUUGCCAGUGUUAACAAUUACAUUAUAUUACAUAUAGCCCAAAAAAGCUCUUCUGUACAGCUGAUAUAUUUGAGUUGAAAUGCCCCAUAUUUAUUUAGGCAUGCACUGAGUCUAAACAGAGAUGCAUAUAUUAUAUAUGCAUUGCUUGGCUGUUGCCAUAAAACUGACAGUGCACACAUACUGAUCAUCUUCAUAUUUUAUGAAAUCACUAUGUUCAAGUUAGGUCUGAGUAGUUUGCUCGUAUAUAAGCAGAGGAAAUUGGUUAAUGUGAUUAGAUGUAUUUAGAAGACAUCAUCAGCAACCUACAGCACUGUUUUAGAUGAUCACUACAAAAUACAGUUCAUACCCACAAGGCAUUUUUAUAUUUGCAUAGUUGUGUUUUACCUUAUAUAAUGACAUGCUAUGAACUCAAGCCAUGAAAAAAUGAGUUAGUUGAAAAUUAAAAAAAAAACUAUCAGGACAUUAAUUGUUAAUACUCAACUUGCAGGUAUACCUGAGGUUCCUAUACCCAGUACAAUUUAAUCUUGAUCAGAAAUCCAGUACUGAAGGAAUGUGUGAUGAUGAAUAAUCUCUUCUCAGUUCUUGCAGUGUAAUACAUUUGGUGAAAUACUGUGAACUAAGUAUAUUACUAACAACCAUCCUUUGUGUGUUUCUGAAAUGAAUUGACAUUUCUUGCCAAUUCAUGCUUAUGAGUUUGUACUUACAGUGUCAUUCACUAUUACUAUUUUUCUGUGUCUGAAUGAAAACCUUUUUAUAGGAUAGAUCAAGGACUAUGAAUCUCCCUUCUUAUCGAACAGGUUGCACAGGCCGUCAUCUGCUAUCAAUAUGCAUUGCUUUGGACAGGGCUGUCCUUGGCUUACAGAGAUGACAAAUACAGAUUUUAGGGCCGCACCAUUGAAAUCUUUCUCAGAGGAAACUUAGAUUAGUGAAGAACUGUCUUACCACCAAUUUUAAAAUCCACAGGAGAGUGGAUCAAAGACAACAGAAAGACGCUCUACUUAUCUGCGGCAAUUGUAAAUAAUUUGAGAAAGGAUUACUCAAAGCAGGAGCAUUCUGAAUUGAUAUUAAAAAGUUAUCACAAUUAAAUGUUCCUAGCUUUUUUUUUUCAAAAAUUAGAAGCAACUAGCUAACUGUCAUUUGAAGAACUCUGCCAGAUGAGACAUAAGCAAAAAGAAGCCUUUCCUUACAUUAAUCCAAAUUCAGCCAUGUAUCUCCAUAAUCUCUCAGUCCUGAAGCAUUUGAUGUAAUAGAAACAAAUCUAUGACCUCUGGACUUUUCAUAUAUUGUUUGUUUAUUUAAAUUGAUAAAUAACUUCAAUCUUCUGAUCCCUCCCCCCUUCUUUUCUUAUUUUACUUUCUCCACUGUGCCUUGACAUGUUUCUUGUCUGAUCCAAUUUGUAAUGUAUUUUGAUCUUAGUAGGCAGGUGAGAAAUGGUCUAUUUACUCUACAGACAAAAGAAAAAAGAAGUUGUACAUCUCAUUAAUCGUGAAUUUUUACAGUUUAUCAUUAGGAAAUGCAGCUUUUUUGUCUAUGGUGAAAAGAUAGCACCUUCUCAAAAUCAUGCCAUUUUCACAUUUGAGGAACUUGGUAUGUAUCUUUCACUAAAUCUUGUUCAUUAUCCAGUCCCUUAAUAGCUGAAUUCCAUGUUAUUUACUUCAGAUUUCUGAAUUCUCUGACAUUCAUUGACACAGCCAUCCUAUAACUCUUUUAAAAUGAUGUGACAGAGCCAGCACUGAUCAUCGUAGGAUCCAUAUUUGCAUCUCAUGGCUGUUCCACUGGUAAUUUGUACAGUAACAAUAAUUUACAUUCAUGCUUUCUGUGUGAGAUGAGCAGUCUAGAAAUCUGUGUUUUUUUAAUGUUUUGGUAUUAUUUGCAGUGGUUCAAACUUAACUUUUUCUCUUUUUUAUUUAUUUUCAUUCCAAAGUCUAUGAUCUAUGUGUGGAUAUUCCAACAAUAACUGUAGGGUUGGACUCCUUUCUCUACCACAAGUCAAUUCAUACGCAAGCUUCAACCAUCAAUAAAUUAUUGCUGUUGCACAACAGACUGAUGAAUGGCAGAAAGUUUUCCUACUUUUAUUAGCAUGCUAAAUUUUAGGCAUAAAAAAUAACACAUUCAUGAAGAGCUCUCUCUUUCAUCUGGUAUUGUUGGCUGGGAGUUGGAUUCAUUACACAGUUCAGUCACAACUUGCAGAGAAUCAUAGCAUCAAAGAUCUGUAGGGGUUGAAAGGGACUUCUGGAGGUCAUCUAGUCCAACCCCCCUCAUAAAGCAGGCUCUCUAGAAAGGUACAAAUGUUUGACUUCUGUAAGUUUAAUGCACAUGAUUAAUGCUCCUAUAUGUGCAGGAUAUGUUUGAAGAAAGUGAGUUCUCUCUGCCAGUCCAGUGGUUAGUAUAGUUAGCAAACAUGUAUGCCUGCUUUUAUCUGUAUGUAGUCGGAGUUUGAUAUGGUUAUGCACAAAAGAGUGCAUUUUUUGCAUACUACAUACGCAUUCUUGUUUCCAUUACUUUCCAAACAUGCACUUUACUUUCCAUCCAAGUGCUAUAACUUUAUAUCUACCAGAGCAUGAUUGUUUCUUUUUGUCUGCUGGGUGUUAUUUGUGAUUGUAGCAGCUGAUUCAAUUUUCCAUCUAGUUGCCAUUCUUUCCUCCACCUAAUUCUCUAUAAUUCCAGAAGUAACUGGUUCCAGUAUGUUAGCUAGUAAUUAAUACAUUUAUGAGACUCUGACACACUUCUCACUCCUCACACCACGAUACACUUGUUUGUCCUCCGCCUCUGAGGAAGAAGAAACAAGAAACAAAAAUUUCAUGUUAAGACAAGGAACAGUUGCUAAGAUAUCUUUGAAAGUGGUUUUAUUCAUACCAUGACUGUAAAACCCACACACUAUUAAACAGCAACUCUUUGCAAGCUCUACUUCUUGAACAACCCAACAAUUGCUCACUUAAUUUAAAAAUUGUAUGAGAUGUGACUUCCCUGUGUGAUCUAAACUCCUCAACUGUUGUCCUUUUCUCUGCAUUGCCCCAUACAUUUCAUGUCCAUGUUUGCUCAUUAGAAUGUAUGUUAUUAACAAAGUAACUGGAGCAUUUAUUUUUUCUGCAACUAAAUUUCAUGUUGUUAUUGUUAUUUUAUUUUAUUUUAUUUUAUUGGCUCACACAACAUUCUAUACAGUAACGUUUUUAUAACUGACAUAUGUUAUUCCUUCAGGUAGCUUCUACGGACAAACACAAAGCUUGUUUGUGUGCAAAUGCAAGGCUGACUAAAUGGUGCUAAAGUGUAUUAUGACUGUCAGAUAUUAUCAGGCAAAAUUUUGUGGUGCUUAGACUGAUUCUUUUCAUUGUUUUUAUUGAUCAAUGCAUUGAACAGUGUUUUAUUAUACACAAGUUGUCUUUUAUUAGUAAAUCAAGACCUCAUAUUGCAUUGUUAGAAAAAAAUGGGUUAAUUAAUCUAUAUAACAUCUCACCAAGCUAUUAUCUCUUUAACUCCUUAUAAUGUUGUAUCAUUAAAGGUCAAGGGGUCAUGAAUAAUCUCAUUGCUGAAGACCAUUAACAAGACUGAACAUUUUCAACAAAGUACUUAUGUUUACAAUGCUAUAACCCUUUGACUGCUGCGGCAACCUUUAACCACAGAAAAGUCACAUGCUGGAAUCAUCAUUAUGGUUCUUGCCAUGGCACUCAAAGAGUUAAGGGCUGUGCAGUGAUUUGUUUUAUAUUUAUUAAUUUAUAUUUAUUUUGUUUUCAUUUGAGAAAGGGGGAAUUGGGGUGGGGCAGUUCUUGUCUGCUGUAAGUGUCUUAACCAAGGGAAGGGUUAAAAUGGCUUUUUAUACUAUUGCAUCUUAUGUACUUACCAUGGUUUCAUUGUGUUGUAAUUAAAAAAAAAAAUCUGUCAAUAAAUAAGAGAACAGAAAAAAAAAAGUUUCAUAAAGGCAUUGUGGUUUACUUGUAUAAAUUAUUGUAAGAAUUAUAGCUGCUGCUCUUUAGAUACAGUAGAACAUUACAGACAACCUUAGCUUCAGAAAAGGAAUUCAUAACAGAUGCUGACAAUAUAGAGAAAUGUUACUAUCUGGAUACUAGCAAGGUAAUAAUAAUAAUAAUAAUAAUAAUAAUAAUAGUUAAUUUUUCAAAUAAAAAUAGAAUGGUGAAAAUUAAUUUGUGCGAAAAAGAGGUAGAAUGGUAGUGGACCUAAUUCUGUAAUGUCUGAAUGCCAGUCGUUAGGGUUUAUUGUCACUGUCACUACAAACAAAAGAUGAACAGGAGUCUGUAUUUCUUCACUUCUUAUGUGUGAAGAAAACCAUGAAAAGUAUAGUGUAAAUAAAACAUGAGUCUACUCAUUCAGCCUAGAAAGUACUUCCCAUUUAUCUUUGUCUGCAGGUAAUUGACACAAAACACCAGUUCUGAAUGUGAAGAUUUAGAGAGUCUUAAAUAUCUUAGUGUCUUAAAUUCAAGAAAGUGUGUUAUUUCUGAAACUUAAGAAUUAAAAAAAAAAAAAAAUCCAAAUCGAUCCAUUUCUACUUUAUA